CGACCCUGCGCGGACGCUGCGUGUGUGCGUGCGAGUAUAGCUCGUUAAGGUGUAAUUAUAUAAAAAGCAAAAGCUGCAGGCGCCAAAUCUUGAUACUCACUUUCUGCUGUUGCGGCUCGCGGUGCAGGUGUCUCGGCCAGAUAGUCCGUUUUUCUAGGCCCUAGGAAAUACGCGAAAAUGCCGAAAAUGGAGGAUGACGACCAGAAGAUGGCCAUGCUGCGGAAGGCCUUCCAGAUGUUCGACACAACCAAGUCGGGCACCAUCGACACCCUAAAGAUCAGCACGAUCCUGAACACCCUUGGCCAGGCGUACGACGACAAUGAGUUGAACGCGCUGGUCGAGGAGAACGACCCGGACGGCUCGGGCAAGGUCAACUUUGAAACCUUCUGCGCCAUCGCCAUCCACUUCCUGGAGGAAGAGGACGCCGAGGCGAUGCAGGAGGAGCUGAAGGAGGCCUUCCGUCUCUACGACAGAGAGGGCAACGGCUACAUCACCACGGCCACCCUCCGCGAGAUCCUGGCCGCGCUCGACGACAAGCUGACCAGCGACGACCUCGACGGCAUCAUCACCGAAAUCGACACUGAUGGCUCUGGAACGGUCGACUUUGACGAGUUCAUGGAGAUGAUGACUGGAGAAUAAACACCAAAGCUUGGCCGACGUUCACCUUACUUCUCUCUUUAAAUAUGCACGUGCUGGCGAGGAUGCUGCUUCAUUUUUCUUUUUAACACGGAUGAUUUUGAUUUCUAAAAAUGCGAAUACAUUCAGAGGCAAUGUUUAGUCCAUGAAAUAAGCAUUCUUCGAACGCGUCGUAGGUGUAGGGCUGCGUUUUGAAUUUGUUUUAAUGGAACGGAUGCUCCGGCGACUUGAUAUGCGAUACCGUCCAUUUGUAACAAAAUUUCUAUAUUUGUAUAUUCUGAGAGGAACGUUUCAAACGUCUUUGCGAGUAAAAUUGCACAGCUUAACCACAGCAAUUUACAUACAUUUUGUUUCGUGGAUCUGUUAAAAGGUGCAUGCGGAAUAAAUAUUUUUUCAGCUAAAAAUUAA